AGACAGGUGGAGGAGAUGUCCUUAAGCAGCUGAACUGCACCGUGGUUGGACCUGAUCGGGCAGGACUGGGCUGGGCUGCAGGACGAGCAGCGGCGGACGCUGCUGUGCACGCUCGCUGCGCGGAUCCUCCUGCAGCUGCUGGAUUCACACUAUGAUGCCACAUCCAAAACAUGCUUUGGCUGAUUCUCCCAUCCUGAGCCUUCGCACACAUGCUGGACACUUCAAUGUGGACGCGGGGAGGACGAGUGAUGUAGUUGCAAUGGAUUAAUGAGGAGUACACAUGGGCUUCGGUUUUUUCCCUGAGAUUAUUGGCGUCUAGUAUUCAUCACCCUGCCUUGGCCAUGGAGAACCAAGCAGCCGAGCCGCAGAACUAUGAAGAUGUACAGAAAAGCGGCUAUCUCCGCAAGCAUAAAUCAAUGCACCGGCGAUUCUUCGUGCUGAGAGCGGCCUCGGAGCAUGGUCCUGCUCGACUUGAGUAUUACGAGAACGAGAAGAAAUUCCGCAGUAAAUCACCUGUGCCCAAAAAAGUCCUGAACCUGGAGACUUGCUUCAACAUCAACAAGCGGGCAGAUUCCAAGAACAAGCACAUGAUAGUCCUUUAUACCCGCAGCGAGAGCUUUGCCAUCGCUGCAGACAGCGAGGAGGUCCAAAACGAGUGGUACCAAGCGAUGCUGGACCUCCAGUGCAACUGUAAAACUCCUGAAGACUAUGGCAGUAGUGGAGAGUGUAGCUCUCCGUCUCCUAUUCCAACCUUCAAGGAAGUAUGGCAGGUCAAGGUUUGGCCUAAAGGUCUUGGACAUGCCAGGAACUUGGUGGGCAUCUACCGGCUGUGCCUCACUGACAAGACAGUCAACUUUGUCAAACUCAAUUCUGAUGUGGCAGCUGUGGUGUUGCAGCUGAUGAAUGUUCGCAGGUGUGGCCAUUCAGAGAAUUUUUUCUUCAUUGAGGUGGGUCGCUCGGCGAUCACCGGCCCCGGAGAGUUCUGGAUGCAGGUGGAUGACUCUGUGGUGGCUCAGAACAUGCACGAGACCCUGCUGGAGGCCAUGAAGGCCCUGAGUGAGGAGUUCCGUCAGCGCAGUAAAUCUCAGUCUGUGGGGACGUCGUGCGGAGGCGGUACCGCUUCAAACCCCAUCAGCGUCCCGAGCCGUCGGCAUCAUCCAAAUCUGCCACCAAGUCAGGUGGGCUUCUCCAGACGAGCCCGUACGGAGACACCUGGAACUGGAGGCAGCAGCACUAGCACUUCACCUACAUCGCGCCAUGGAUUCCCAAGGGCACGGACUGCCAGCAUUGGAGCCAGGUCGGAGGAGGGCGGAGCAAGUGCCAAAGGGACAUGGGCCAGCUCCAGCCCGAGUCUUAAUGGUUCCUGCUCAACUACGCCAACGCUGAGACCCAAGCCCACCAGGGCCCCAACCCCUGCUAAGAUUACCCUCAGCCUUGCACGUUACACGCCUAACCCUGCUCCCUCUCCUGCACCGAGUCUAUCCUCCAGCUCUGGUCAUGGCUCAGAGUGUGGCCUAGUGGGGGCAGCAGUGGGAGGCAUGACGAUCUGCUCCUACCCUCGUGUUUCUCAGAGAGUCUCUGUUUCAGGUUCACCGAGCGACUACGGCUCCUCAGAUGAAUAUGGCUCCAGUCCAGGGGAGCACUCUCUCCUUGUACCCAGUCUGUCUGGACAUCAUGUGCAUGGAGAGGGCUCCUCUAGCUAUAUAGUGAUGGGACAGCGAGAGGGUCUCCUUGGUUCCCAUCAUCGCUCAAAAGGCCGACGGAUUUUGCGGCGUUCAUCUAGUAGGGAAUCUGAGGCGGAACGCAGACUACUGAGUAAGAGGGCUUCCCUGCCUUUGGCAGCCCAUGAACGGCUGACCCCGCAUAGAAAAGAUGAAGACGAUGAAGAUGAUGAAGAAUAUGCCAUCAUGUCGCAGAGUGCUAACAGAGAGAGAGCUGAUUUACACCAUGGCUCAGAGGGUCUGGCAGCUGGGGGCGGGCAGCUUGAUGCAGUCGGGAAAAAUAGGAAGAGGGCUGACAAAAGCAGGCGAGAAGUGGAAGGUGGAGCAGCUGUGGAUAGCGGCUAUAUGUCAAUGUUGCCUGGAGUGACGUCUCCUCCUGUUUCACUCUCUCUCUCAAUAGGUAUGUCUGACACCAGUGCUAAACAUGGGGCAGAUGACGAGUAUAUGGCCAUGACCCCCAACAACAGUGUGUCCCCCCCUCAGCACAUCCGCCAGCCCAGCACAGAAGGCUACAUGGUCAUGUCUCCUAACAGCAGCAGCUCCACAGACCUGCACGGAUUGGGCAUGUGGGAUAGCAGGGCCAGCAUGGAGAGCCGGGCUGCCAGUGACUACAUGAACAUCUCACCUGUCUGCAGCCGCUCUGCCUGCAGCACACCGCCUUCCCACCCAGAACAGCACCAACUGCAACCAAAAAUGUUCAAUUCCUACUUCUCACUGCCAAGAGCUUAUCAACAUACUCUCUACACUCGCUUUGAGGAGGACUUAAACAAAGGGGAAGGAAAAAAGGACAGCAGUGGGCAUGAUAGUGCAGGAAGGGGAGGGGGAGUGGGAUACAGCAAGAGAAACAAAAUUGCAGCGGGCUCUGCAGGAGGCUGUCAGCUCUCCAUGUCUUCCUCUUCCUUCUCCUCCAGCUCAGCCAGCAGCGAGAGCCUGGAAGACAAGUCCAUAUCAGCGGGGAGAGGGUUAAGUUUAUUAAGAACUGGAGGAGAGUAUAAGUUUGCGGGGACAUGCGCAAAGGAUGGGCGUCAUCAUCAAAAACGUGGAUCAAGUAGUAAGAGCCCGAAACAACAAAGGAGGGAUCGUCCCCUCAGCGUGUCUUCAGACAUCACUAAGGCAAACACCCUGCCCAGGGUGAAGGAGAAUCUGCAGCCAUCAGUUUCUCAAAACGUCGGUGAGUAUGUCAGUAUUGUGUACAAGGAGGACAAUAAGUAUGGUGGAGGAAGACGUUUGGGGUCUGAACGUGGACAGCCUGUGAUCCAAGGAACCCUUCGGCCUGUGAAUCAACCACUUCUCUGCCAUGAUAAUCCCGCUAACCUUCCCCGCAGCUUCUCUGCUCCAUUGUCCACCUCUGCAGAAUACGUCAGCAUGGAUUUAGGGAAGUCCUCAACGCCCCUGACUCCUGUUAGAUCCACAUUCAGCACCCCACAGGGCCCACCAGCUGUUGCCCCCAAGGCCCGACAUGAACACAGCACGUCCUCUCCUCUGGCAGCAGAGGGCAACACCGGGUACAGAACAAAGGUAAAGUCGGCAGCAAUGCCAACAGACGCCUCCACUCCAUUUAUGGACAGCAAAGGUUCCGAUCCCAGCAUUUCAGCAAGACCUGCCAUCCACUCUGGUCAACCCUUAUCCAUUGAGCAGGAGACAGGCUUGGGCUUUUCCCCAGUCAAGUCCUUCCAGUCUCCUGAGCGGAGCAGCAGGUCGGUCCGAGGUGACCCACAGGGACGGCCGAGCCACCGUUCAGAGACAUUUAACUCACCUCCCUCCCUGCCACGCCACACAUCCUCUUCUACCUCCAUCUUCCCGGAGGGCAGCCAGGCGGCGAGCCAUCGGCAUGGUUUGGAUUGCUCACUGUGGGAAAACAGGCAGGCAGCUAGUUUAUCUGCCACACCUCCACCACAAGCCUCCACCUCAUCUGCUGAACAAGGCCUUAACUAUAUUGACCUUGACCUGGCCAUUAAGGAGAGCCCUCAAGCCGGAGUGGAGCGUACCUCCGCCGCCUACAACAUUGGAGGAAGCGCUAUGGGCAGCAGCACUGGCUCCAGCCUCAACACUUAUGCCAGUAUUGAUUUCUAUAAGUCAGAAGAACUGAGAGCACACCAGAGCAGUAGAAAGGAUGGUCAAGAUUGUUGAUCUCCAUCUUGGAUGUGAGCGUGACGCCGGUGUGACAGCUCCACAGUCAGUCUGUGAGGGGACGACCUGUUGCCACAACAGAACUGUACACUGGAGUCUGAACACUGAGAAACCUGGAAAACUCAUCCCCAUCCCGUCGGCUGUUUUAUGUCAACCAAAUGUGUGCCAAACACACACACACUCUCACGCACACACACACAAACACACACUCACAGGGUAAAGAAAAGAAAAGGUUUGUCUUGUUUUGAACGAAAAUGACAUUUGAUCAUCAUUUAACUUCAGUAAAAUGUGACAUGUGAUGGUGUGUGUGUUCUCAGGUGGCCACUAUGACAAAAAAGUCCAUCUGUGCAUCUUAAUUUAAAACACAUUGUGAUUGAUGUAUCAGCCAAUCAAGGCUCAGAGCUUAUUAUUGGGUCAAACUUAAAUCCUCAAAGUUUAUGUUUCUACGUAUCACCCUUUAUCCAAAAGUUAAAUGAUCGUCAUGUGUCAUUUCUGACUCAAAAUAAGAGGGAAAUACAGUUUGGCAGAGGUUUCAUACACUCAUACACGCUGUCACUGUAAACAUAUUUAAUUUAUAAUAUACAGUUGCCCAACAAAGCGUUUAUACUUCCUCACCACUUUUCUUGUGCUACGGUCGGACUUCAAAAUGUGCUUAAUCUCUGAGGUAUAAUGAAGUACAGUUCACUGAGUUACACAAAUGAAAUUUAGAUCUCAUCGUUAUAUUUUCUGUCAGUUUUUCACACAAGAAUAAAAUGGCUGUGUGAAAAUCCCACACAUCUUAUGCAACGUUUAUGAAAUUCACAGGAGUGUAAAAGUGUAUUAAAUGGAUAUGAUUCCAUUUUCACACUGCAGUCAACAUCACAUUGUUGCACUCGUGCUCAGAGUUGAUCUUUAAGUUGUAGUCGAGCAACGAGAACAAUCGCUUUCUUUUUUGUGCUCUCCAAACUGUCAAAGUGUAACUCUGUGUUUUUCCACACAGAGUUGAGCGUUAUCCCUGAAGCUUUAGCUGUGUACUCACACGGUAUACAUGUUUAUACAGCCUCGGCUUUGAUUACGCACAAACCAAACAUGUCCUGUCAUGUCCUGUGACUGAUAAUCAAAUGGUGCCAGUAUGAAAGUCCACUCAGUGCAUCUCAGUGCUUUGAAUGGAAAGUUAAGUGGUCACUUGUCUGCCCAGUAUGCAAACACCCAGUGUGUAUUUAAAAUCAUUUCUUUAUUGUGGUGCAUCGUGACAAAGAGAAAACUGUAAUUACUUUUUAUCCCAAAAUACAAGUGAGCAUAUUUACACAUACGACACUUCAACCUUCAGUAACUGCAGCUAACAAAGAAAAAAAACCAUUGGACUCACAUGUGCUUUAUUUGUGCUGCAGCUAAAACGCUGCAGGAAAAGUCGCAACAUGACGGCACUUUAAGGGAGUGAUGGAUGUCACAGAGAUCCUGCAGAAAGGCAGGUGCAUAGAUAAACAACAAUGCAUUUAUUCGAUAAUCACAGUACGCAGCAUUGCAUAAAAAUGGCCAAAUUAACAUAACAUUCUUCUGCUGUGCAUGUAAACAGCUUAAUCAAAUUGGCUUCAAACACGCAGUAGAGACAAUAAUGAGAUUGUAUGUAUGUAAAUGUCCUCAGUGAGAUGUGUUGAGAGGGCCUGAUGACAGACUUGUUAGUGAGGGAAGCUGAAUAGUUUUGAAAUCAAUGGGAUGAGGAAAAAAUUAAAGGACCCCCCCACCCCAAAAAAAGAAAAAAAAUUAUAAUAAUAAUCACACAACCCUCCCUCUUUUCUGACCCUUUCUACCCCACGCCCCAAGACCAAUUGAAGCCAAUUCUAUAUAGUGGCCAAACAUGGAAUUACAGCGUCUGGGUCUGACACAUGAUGCCAUGGCACCCAAAACCACUUUUUCCCAUAGACUUACAGUCAGUACGUUUACAUGGACAGUUUAAUUCCACUUUCAUUCGGAAGGAAAGGCCAUUCCGAUUAAAAGUGGUCAUGUAAAUGGUCAUUCCGAUUGAAAAUUAAAUCCGAUUAAAGGGGCUGGAAUAUUCCGUUUGUCAUUCCUAAUGAAAGAAUUCCUCUCACUUGUACACACUCAUUCCUCUUUAAGUUCAUUCCGGUCUUUCUGCGCAUGCUUGUUUCCUCGCCCUUCUGGCGCACAUAGCAACGGGCUGAGAUAGAGCACUCUGACUCGUUGCACUCACCGGUUUCCAUUCGCCACA